AUGCGUUAUUCUUGCUUGCUAACAGUUACGCCGGGGUUUCACAAGCCAAUACAAGUUGUUAACGUGACGGUUAAGAAAGGAGAUAACGCUUCACUCGAGUGUGCGGCCCAAGGGUUUCCUCUUCAUGUUGAAUGGAAGGUUCAGAAGGACCGUGAGGACUUCGUACGACCUUGCAUAACCAGUAAGAUAAAAAUAUCUUUUCUUGCCAUCUAUAUUUAAUUAUUUUAGUGGCAAGUGAAUACCCUGGGUGAGUUUAAAUACAAUAAUAAAGCACUUCAACAAUCAUUUCCACCCCUCCCAUCCCCGUCUCCCAUUGCUAUUCCAGUCCGUUGUAAGGUGGUGACUAAAUAUAUGCCUUGAUUUGAUAAUAACGUGUCAAAAUCUAUUCGAUAUGCAUGACUAUAAUCUUUUUACCUGCGUGGACAACUUAAGUUUCUAAGAUAUUAAUGUGUAUUCCAAAGAGAAUCAUUAAUUCUUACUCAUUCAUUUUAUUUUACGUAAGAUGGCUCAGAUGGAAAAUACCAUGUUCAUCGCAGCGGCGUACUGAAUAUAACUGACGUGCGGAACUCUGAUCUUGGAUCAUAUUUUUGUUGCCUUCCCUCUAACUGCUCAGAUAAUGUUCAAGACAACUGCCAGCGAUUUGUUCUUCGAGGUAAUGGCCAUCAGCUUUUAUGAAAAUUAUGCUGGUUAAUCACAAUCAACGAAGAUCCUUUGUCUCCGAGUUAAUGCCCAAACUUAAUUUGGGAAACCUUGUGCGACAAAAAACCAAUUUUUAAAUUCUUAAUAAUAAUAUAGAACGUCAGUUAAAAGGGAAAACGAUGAAAGAGCCUUCCUUCUUUCACCAUAUUUCUUGAAUAUUUUAGGACCAGAUUCAAUUCCAGUUGUAAAAGGAUGCGAAGGGAAUUCCUUGUUGCCAUGGAUAAUAGCGGUAGCUGUGGAAGGGGUAUUGCUUGUUGUGUCGAUUGCCGCUGACGUAAUGUUGGCAAUAAAAGUACGCAAGAUGCGGGCCAAAGAAGGUACUGCUUGCCAGAACUAA